AUGAGCGGACUAAACUCUUGGAAUGUUACUGUAGAAGCACUUCAUUUGGCAUCAGAGGUCUAUAACUUCUGUCAAGAUCAGCUGAGUAAAGCCAACAUUUCACUACCUGAAUUUGAUCAGGUCGUUUCUGUGACAAGCUCAAGCCUGGGAUAUAUUUUGACACAUUCACCUGCGGCCUUUAGACAGCUAUACCACCUGUUUACUCAGCUACCACUUAUUGAAUACAAUUUUGUCACCAUUUUAUUAUUACUCAUCAGUACAUACACUGUGUACUGCUUUGUGCUCGCCACGAUUCGCUGGUUUUAUAGACUGUUUUAUGGGUUUGUACGGUUCAGCUUUUUUAUCCUAUUGGCGUAUGCACUUGUACUUGCCUUCAACUAUAUUACAAAUAUGCCGACAGAUUCAAGAGGACAAACGGCACGAGCAAGGAAUUAUUAA